GUUUUAGGGUGGAGAGAUCAGUCGUGGCGUCUCUUGAAGAAGAAGCUUCUCUUACGUGUUUUGUAGUCUUGAUAGAUUUGUUUUGUCAAAGUAACGUAUUCUCCGCCGUAAGAAGAGGAGGAACGCUUACGUAAAAUAUAAAAGAGCUCAGAAGGGAGCUACGAUGGGGGAUACACAGUACAGUUAUAGUGGAGGUUAUGGAAGUGGUGGUGGAGGAGCUGCUGGAAGUUAUGGCAGUUAUGGCUCUGCAACAACUGCAGCCCCACCACCUGCAUCAUCGUAUGGACCACAGCAGUAUGGUGGAUAUUCUGCUCCUCCACCUCAAGGAUACUCUCAGAAUAAUGCCCCAUAUGCUGCACCUCCUUCAUAUGGUGCCCCCCCUCCUCAACAGGGUGGUCAAGGAAGCUCCUACGGUGCUUAUGGACAGCAGCAGCAGCAGUCACAACCUCAGGGUCAGCCACCAGCAGCAAGUGGAGGAUAUGGCAGUUAUGGUGGAGCCUCUCAAGGAUAUGAUCAAAACAGUAGCUACAAUUCUGGAAGUUAUGGUGGCCAGCCACCUUCGAGCAACUAUGGUGGUCAACCACCAGCGAACUCAUAUGGUGGUCAACAGUCUAAUACUUAUGGUAACCAGCCUAAUGCUAACUACUCUGCACCUCAACCCCAUGGAAACUAUGGUGGUCCACCUCCCCAGGGAAACUAUGGGGGUCCUCCUCCAGGGGGAAAUUAUGGUGGACAGGGCCCCAAUUAUGGUGGACAGGGACCCAAUUAUGGUGGACCUCCCCCUUCUAAUGGAAGUUAUGGGGGCCAAGGUGGUGGUUAUAACAAGGGUGGCGGAGGUGGCUACGGGGGUAGCCGUGGAGGCGGCGGAGAUCGCUCUAGGGGAGAUCCCUCAGAUCUUGUAACGCAAGAAGAUACCAUCUUUGUCUCUGGAAUGUCUGAUAAUGUCACUGAAGACGACGUCAAAGCUCAUUUUGGUUCAAUUGGUGUUAUCAAGAUGGAUAAGCGAACACAGCGGCCUAAAAUAUGGAUGUACAAAGAUAAGGGUUCUGGCAGGAUGAAAGGAGAGUGCACAGUCACAUUUGAUGAUCCAUUCACUGCGAAGUCAGCCAUCCAGUGGUUUGAUGGCAAGGAGUUUAUGGGCAGAGUAGUAAAGGUACAAAUGGCAGAAAGGCCAAAAAGUAGUUAUGAAAGAGGAAGAGGUGGUUUUGAUGGCGGAGACAGAGGUGGUGGAGGCGGUGGUGGUGGAGGUGGAGGUGGAGGUGGCGGCGGUGGCGGCGGCGGUGGUGGUGGCGGCGGCAGAGGUCGUGGAGGGGGUGAUAGAGGAUUUGAUAGGCGGGGCGGUGGUGGCCCCCCAGGCGGCAGAGAUGGCCCUCCAAGUGGAGGAAGAGGACGGGCUGGUGACUGGACGUGCCCUGUUCCAAGCUGUGGAAAUAACAACUUUGCAUGGCGUAAUAGCUGUAAUAGAUGUAAUGAAGCUAAACCUGCUGGUCUUGGAGAUGCUGAUGGCGGUGGUGGUGGUGGCGGAGGUGGCUACCGCGGUGGCUUCAGAGGACGUGGAGAUAGAGGUGGCUUCAGGGGCCGUGGAGAUAGAGGUGGUCGAGGCGGAUUCCGCGGAAGAGGUGGUUACGGGGAUAGGGACAGAGAUGGAGAUUCUGGUGGACCAAUGAAGGGUGAUCGUGGACCUGGGAGAUCAAGACCUUACUAAUGUGAGGAAAUUAAUAGAAUCAAUUGAGAAUUGAAAACAAGUGUAAUUUAGAUGUGUUCAUUGAUGUUACAUCCUGCAUUAAGGAGUAAAGGAUGGGAUAGAAACAUCCAAGGCUCCGAGAUUUACUAGCAAAUUUAUACAUGAAACAUUGGUUUCAUAAGUUUCUUCUUUAUUUAGACAUUUCAAAAGUAAAUUGAAUUCAGCAUAAGACUAUAUAAUCAUUAUAUACUUUUUUUAAUACAAUUCAUUAGUAAACUUAGGUGACAAGCUAAAGUGGAAGUUUUUAUGCUGGUUUAACUUUAAUGUGAUUAAAUUUGGAAAAUGA